AGUUCAGAGCUUCACCGGAAAUAAACAAGGGGGGAGGCCGCUUCAGAGCAUAGACAGUAAAUAGACCACCCUAUCCACGUAUCGCUUUAUUUGUACAGUAUAUCGCGUCCUUGGGAAGACUCAAGAGAGAAACUGUCAUACUUCUCACUUGAGGAGUCAGUAGACGGGGCAUGGAGUGUGUUCCAGAUUCAUUUGAUGAUGUAGGCCAAGAGGUGAAAAAGGAGCCUGUUGUAGAAGGUGAGGCAGCCCAGCAUGCAGAUCCAGAACAUAAUGUUUACACACGGUUCAUGAAGUCACAUCGCUGCUAUGACCUGGUGCCCACCAGCUCCAAACUGGUUGUGUUUGAUACCUCGCUUCAAGUGAAGAAGGCAUUUUUUGCACUAGUAUCAAAUGGGGUCAGGGCAGCGCCACUGUGGGACUGUAAGAGGCAGUGUUUUGUCGGUAUGCUGACCAUAACUGACUUCAUCAACAUCCUUCAUCGUUACUACAAAUCACCCUUGGUGCAGAUCUACGAGUUGGAAGAGCACAAAAUUGAGACCUGGAGAGAAGUGUACCUUCAGGACUCCUUCAAGCCUCUCGUCAGCAUCUCUCCAAACGCAAGUCUAUAUGAUGCUGUAGCAUCUCUGGUCAAGCACAAAAUCCACAGGUUGCCUGUAAUAGACCCUUUGACUGGGAACACGCUCUACAUUCUCACACACAAGCGGAUCCUCAAGUUCCUCAAACUUUUUAUUUCUGAGAUGCCCAAGCCGGCCUUCAUGACUCGGAAGCUGGAGGAGUUGAGUAUAGGAACGUUUGACAACAUAGCGGUGGUGCGCUCUGACACGCCACUGUACACAGCGCUGGGUAUUUUUGUGGAGCAGAGGGUUUCUGCUCUGCCUGUUUUAGAUGACAAAGGACGUGUUGUGGAUAUUUACUCAAAGUUUGACGUCAUAAACCUGGCAGCUGAGAAAACUUACAACAACUUGGACGUGACUGUCACUAAGGCCCUGCAGCAUCGCUCGCAGUACUUUGAGGGCGUGCUGACCUGCUACAAACACGAGACUCUGGAGACUAUCAUCAAUAGACUGGUGGAGGCCGAGGUGCACAGGUUAGUGGUGGUGGAUGAUCAGGAGGUGGCGCAGGGCAUUGUCUCCCUGUCGGAUAUCCUCCAGGCGCUGGUGCUCACCGGUGGGGAAGAGGGGACGGCUCGAUAAUCUGGUGGGAGAGAGGAAGGAGCUUUUGUUCCUUUGUCUCUGUCUGUGGGGGCACGGCUGGACGAUUGGCCCGAAGGGAAGGUCCUGAAGAGAAAGUGUGAGAGGGAUGGGGUUUCAGGAAGAGAGAGGAGUCUUCGUAAAGAUACUCCUGUUACGGUUGAUCACCCACCUGUGAAAACAGGGAUUUCUCUCUCUCUUUCUCUCUCUCUUUGUCUUUCCUUUCUCUUUCUCUGUCUCUCUUUCUCUCUGCCUCUUUCAUCGUGAGCACAUGAAAGAUUUCUGUUACACAUUGAAUCCAGCAAUACAUAUAGGCACUAUAAGGGAUGGACAGCACAAACAUUGAAAUCAUGCCAAAAUUUCAAACCAAACACACAUCCCACCAAAAUUGCUUCUUGCAGGGGAACAGCCUGUUAAAGGCACCACUUCCUACUGUUUUUGUUCCAUCAGGAGCUCAGGUGUAAAUUAUGCAGUUAAACCAUUUUUUUUCUUCACGCUAUGAAGGGAGCCACUCAAGUAUUGUGUGUGUUAGAGCAAGAUGACACUGACUUCAUAUAAGAGUUUUUAGCUCGAUAUCUCUGGCCUCGGAAGUCCACUGUAGAAUGCACCCGUGCCGGCCAGAUGUUUGAUUUGUGCCCCACAAACGUAGGUCAAAACAGAUCGGUGUGAGAAGUCAGAGCUACGUCUGAAAAAUUCUAAAAAGCCGUCUUCUACGGCCCACACUGCGGUUCGAACCUCGUGAGCCUCUCUGCCGGGAGUUGUCUGCAGCCAGGCAAGACAUUCUCAGUCAGUGGUGUUAGCUGCUGUGGUCUGGGGUUAAAAAUAAUAAUAAUCACAUUCCAUAGAUGCACAUCCAAAACAUUCUCUCUGUUGAGAGUCACAUAGACCCCAUAAAUCAUAGAGUAUUUGAAGGCCGUAUUCGUAUUUUAAGCCAAAAUCGACCAUGAUCUCAAUCUCUGCCUGGUCCACAGACCUGAAUUAAAAAAAAAUGCAGACCCAGACUUGGAAAUGGUAACCUUUUCUGAAUGACCCAUUGGCCCCUGUAAUGUGAAGUCUGCUGUGGAGAAAUAAUGAUUGCUGUUUUAAGAGCUUGUAUUCAUUUAUAUGAACAUAUGGACACUGAAUAUUUAUGUCAUAAUCAUGGUUUUCGUAUGCAUUUUUUAAUUUCACACUCUCAGUUCUGUUGUCAUGUAGCUGAUGAAAUGGACAUAGUGUUUGCAUUCAUUUGAAUGGUCAGUAAGGAGGACUUCUUGAGUUCUAUGAACAGCUGUACUGAAGGUCACUUAAAUCACUUGAAAAGGCAAUUUGUCAUUUUUUUUACUCCUUUGAACUUAUUAAGAAAUGGAGAUGAAGAGAUAGGCUCUCAUCUAUUGGCCAUAGGCCGCUGUCUUUCCCUAAGCAAUCGCUGUAUUUUCAAAACUUGCCGGAAAGAGCAAAUCGGCACACUGGCCUUAAAAUUAGUGCACAGACGCAACACUUCUAAUUGUGUUCCAGCUUUCCGUGUUUUAACCAAGGUCCAAAAAACUGCAGCCCUCUUCAUUUUGAGGAGAAGUCUUGCAACUCUUCAUUUAUUCCACAGCUCUAUGUCCCGGUGACCUGCUCCUUGUCCCUCGUUCUCUGGCGUAAUUGAUUCCUGUUCGGAGGUGUGUGUGUGGGUGUGUGCCGCAUCAAAGGAUCAUUCUAGCAUAACGGGAGUCCUUCCUUCGCAUCGUUUUCCUACUGGUCAGCAGUCUGGCCUCGUCUCUUAGCAGCACAGUCCAAUGAGCUUUCCCUCCUUGUCAGCAUUUUCGUUUCAAAAAGCCCCAGCGACUCUGGAACCUGACCCAGGUGGCAACCCUGUCACCCUGACCAAAUGGACCAAUCACAGGUCAUUGUGAAUAGAGGGCGUCCAUCAACUGAAUGAUCGCUUGGUGAUAUUCUGACCCCGAGUUCUUUUAACUAUGUCUCACAUUGUUUGUCCUCCAAAUGUUUUCGUUCUUGAAAGGGAUUUGUAUAGCCAUUCCAUCAUGAUAUCAUUUCCUUUAUUACAAAUCACAUUCUAUAUAUCUUCAAUACGCGUAUGAGAUUAUUUUUCAACAUACAGAUCAAUGCCCAAUGCAUCAUGUAUGUAAAUAUCCCACGUUUUGUACAAUGCAUAAUAUGUCCACGUAAUUUUUAACUUAAUGCAUGCACAAUAUAAAUAUUUUAGUUUUCUUCAUUUGUAUGUCAUGUCUUUGGUUUUUGUGUGGGUGUGUGGGGGGGUCAGUGUUUAUUUGUGCAUGUAAGAAUGCAUAGACAAAUCUGGACACUACUGAUGGUUUAUGGAGAAAAAUGUUAAAUUGUCUCGUGUUUUGCUAUCUUCUAUAAAAUGGAACAAACUAUUUGCAUUCA